CCUCCUGCUAACUUCGAACUGCGGAAACUUCGCCAAGAGUUUAAGCGAGUUGGUGACACAACCACAUCAGAAGUUAAGAUAACUUUCCUACAGAUCUUGGAUUAUUCAUGACACAAGAAGUGUGUGCAGCAGCAGCAGCAGCAGCUACUCAAGCAUCCUGACCCAGCGGCUGCCACUGUGGCUCGAACCCCCCAGCCCACCUCGACAUCUAGCACUCCACGCAUGAUAGCUCACUACCCUGUGGUGCUGCAGACACUCUGACGAUAUACACAGAGGCCACACAACAUGGCAGAGCCAGGGGCAGGGUUUGACUCCCGGGGAAUGGGACUGCGGGUACAGAAGAACCUCCUUGGGAAAAUGUCCAGCAAGUCCAUUGCCAAGGUCUUCAUAGAUGAAACAACGGGCCGAGUGCUGGACAACACACACAGAAUUAUCAAAGAUUAUGCCAGCACAAAAAAAGAAGCUGAAAAAGUAAUGAAGUACAUUAUCAAAACAGUUGUCAAAGUUGGGAUUUUGUUUCGUAAUGAUCAAUUCAACGCAGAAGACCUGAAAGUUGUUGAAAGCUUCAAAACCAAGUUUCAUUCACUGGCCAUGACAGUUAUCAGUUUCCAUGAAGUGGAUUUCACGUUUGAUGUGAGUUAUCUGUGCAAGACAUUGGAGGAGUGUAAAGCCUUGCUUCAAAAGCUCAUAGCUCGGCAUCUUACUGACAAGUCCAAAACUCGGGUGGACAUUGUGUUUAACUUCUUUGCUCAGCCUGACCUACUGAAUGCUGUUUUCCAGUCAGACAGUAAAUACUCGGAGACGUUUGAUGCCAUAGUUAAAGACAUGCACAAGAUGAUGGAUGAUGGCAACCUAUAGUCCUGCACAGGCUGAACUUAGGAGCAGUAAGGGGGCAAGGAUACAACUCUACAUGGUCAGCCUUCUCUCAGGGACAGGUCACUUAGAUUAGUGGGCAGGGAGUCUUUGUCUUUCAGUUUACUAAAAGAUAAGCCCUCCUUUUUACUGUUCUUUUGGGUCACACUUUUUAACAAUAUUUAGUCUUACAUAAAUAAUUUUCAACAGAAUGGAGUAAUUGCUUUUACAACCUUGACCUUCCCAGGAGUAACCUUGACCUUCCCAGGAGUUGUAGAAACAACCACUUAUUGUUUUCAUGCAUAAAUUUGGUGUUACCCUUUUGUUGACUGGGCCUUCUUCUGUUGUGCUGCCCACAGUUUGGCAGUAUCCUUGCUUCCCUUGGCAUAACGAGCUAUUUUACAGUUGGUGUCUUGACAUAUUGUACAAAAUCAUGUGUACAGUUGAUAUGCUCCAUUUUGGUUUUGGAUAUUGUCAAAACAUUUAAAAAAGGAAGAUUGCAUAUUUUACCAGUGUGUUCAACAGUGACUUAUCAAAACAGUUUGUGCCUUACAUUGGAAGAAAUAAGUAAUUACUAGAACCACAACAAGAAUCUUGGAAUAGCUGACAGGUCAAUUUGGUAUCUAGUGCUUUAUAAGGCUGAAACACCUACAACUGGUUUUAUUUUAUGUCCUGGAAACCGAUUUAAUGUCUGUAUGUCACAGCUAAUCAGGUUAUUUCAUCAAGAGAUUGGGACCAUAUAUAUUUUUGGAUGGUAUUUUUCUAUGAAAUGGAAAUCAGAUUCCUGCUACUAAGAUUUUCGUUGAUUUCAUGUCCAUUGUUCAUUAAGAAUCCCAACUAUGUAACUAAUUCUUCAUUCUGCUGGGAGGGACAUGCAAUUUGAAUCAUUAAUGUUGGUGCUCCAAAUACACUCACCAGGCACAUUGAUUACUGAAGUAUAUCACAAUAUUGGACCACAAGGGUUUUUUUGACAUGUGUAACAGCCAGUAGUCAUGUCUGUCAUCUACUCUGUCUUCCCUAGUCAAGCCAAAGGUUGCUGUGAUGCAAAACAUAGAGGGUACUACGGCAGCUAAUUUGGAAGUCUGGUAUGGGCAGGCAGCCCAAUGUUCUAUUGUUUUUUGAGGCUUGUUAGAAUGUACUGUCUGAUCUUUCCUGCUAUGUGUUUAUUCCACGUAAAGGCCAGAAAUUGAAAUUCUACAGCAGUUAAGGGGAAGGAGUCUGAGGAUGGGAUCUGUCCUGGCCCUGUCAGCAGUGUGGUCAGUAAGCCAUGCACAUCUCGUUUCAAGACUCUAGAUAAAGGCGUUGUUGCUUGGCAUACUCCAGAAAUGUACCCUUGUCAAAUCGUAAUUCAGAGAUAUAACCCAGCUCGCCAGUGCCUAGCACUGGAGUCACUUGCAUUGUCCAUUCAUCAGUGUGUGAUACUGUUUCCUUUGUGAACAUUAUCCUACAGGACUCUGCAGAAUGAAGAAUCAUGCUGUAAUGAAACUAUGUAUAAAAACCACUGUCAUCAUUUGUUAACAAUAAUGUAUUUCCACAUUAUACACACUUCACAAGUGAAACCAGUUUCACACCCUGUGAUAAUUUCGCGUAUUUCGUGCCAUGCAGAGUAAAACUACAGUGCGUGUUUGUAGUACUCAGUGCAAGCUUGAUGCCACACAGUUUAGCUGACUUGAAGAUCAUAUAGAGGUUUAUAUCUAUGCAACACAUAUCAUUCAUUUCCAUAUGUAUAUGGGUCAGCAUUAACUUUCUGGGACUAUGGUUAGGAAUAUGUGCCAUUCAGUAUAAGCUAGAGAGCACCUGUAACAAACAAGGCAGGUAUGUAAGGUUCUGCUUCAACACCAAUGUGCCAAUGCCUCAAAACUGUACUCAUCAUUUGUACAUUUCCAGUUGGUGAUGAACACUUUUUACUGUCCUGCACAAAGGCUGCUUGCCAUGUUGUUUCCUGGCAUCAGUGAUGAAGCAACUGUGCCACUGCACAAAGGCUGCUUGCCAUGUUGUUUCCUGGCAUCAGUGAUGAAGCAGCUGUGCCACUGCACAAAGGCUGCUUGCCAUGUUGUUUCCUGGCAUCAGUGAUGAAGCAGCUGUGCCACUGCACAAAGGCUGCUUGCCAUGUUGUUUCCUGGCAUCAGUGAUGAAGCAGCUGUGCCACUGCACAAAGGCUGCUUGCCAUGUUGUUUCCUGGCAUCAGUGAUGAAGCAGCUGUGCCACUGCACAAAGG